AGCGCGGUAGAGCAAAGCAGCCGGGCACGGCAGCCAGGGAGGAGAGAGCCACCACCACCACCACCGCGGCAACCCCCCUCUGCCCGAGCAGCGAGCAGAGCCCACCUCCUCCGCUCCUCGGCUUCCCCUCACCCGUUCCCUCACUGAGCCUCAUCGAUUGCGAUGAUGGAGAUUCCUUCACGCGCGCCUGCCCCCUCGUCCUCGCCCCCAUCCGUAUAAACCCCCAUUCCUCCCCAAAACCCCAAACCAAGAACCGCAAUCCCCCUCGCACCAGUUUCAAAUCUUGAAAAAAAAAUCUUCAAUCUUUUAGCGGAUUUGCCUCCCAUCCGGGGGGGUGAGGACCGGCCGGAUGGCUAAGGCGGAGAAGCUGGUGGUGGAGGUGGUGGCGGCGCACAACCUCAUGCCCAAGGAUGGCCAGGGCUCCUCGUCGGCGUACGUCGAGGUGGAGUUCGACCACCAGAAGCGACGCACGCGGGCCAGGCUCAAGGAGCUCAACCCCGUCUGGAACGAGCGCCUCGUUUUCCCCGUCGCCGACCCCGACGACCUCCCCUACCGCGCCAUCGACGUCGGGGUCUACAACGACCGCGCCGCGCCCGGGGCCGGCGCCGCGGGCCCCCACGGCCGGAACUUCCUCGGCAAGGUGCGGGUCCCGGCAGCCGGCGUUCCAGCGCCCGGGGAGGAGGUCGUGCCGCAGCUCUUCACCCUCGAGAAGCGCAGCCUCUUCUCCCACAUCCGCGGCGAGAUCACCUUGAAGAUCUACCGCAUCAACUCCGGCGACGUCGUCGUCAAGUCCAAGCCCGAUAAGCCGGCGAAGGCGGUGGUGGCUGGGCCGGAGGUCGUGGCGGCGCCGACGGUGACUGGGCCCAAGAAGCAGCCGCAGCCGCAGCAUCAGCAUCAGCAUCCUGUGGUGACCGUGCAGCCACCGCCGCCGCAGCCGGAGCCGCCCAUGGACAUCAUGCCGCAGCCGGCCCCGAUGGUCAUGAAGCCGGUAAUGCACGCCGACCCGUACCCUGUCCCGGCUAUGUUCUCCGGCCCCGGCGACUUCUCUUUGAAGGAGACGCGGCCCCGCCUUGGCGGCGGCGCGGUCGCCGACAAGGCGAGCGCGACCUACGACCUGGUGGAGCAGGUGGAGUACCUCUACGUGCGCGUGGUGCGCGCGCGCGGCGUCCCGAUGGUCGGCGAGGCCGUCGCGGAGGUCAAGCUCGGGAACUACCGCGGCGUGACGCCGGCCGUCCCUUCGCACAGCUGGGACCAGGUGUUCGCCUUCUCCAAGGAGACCAUCCAGUCGUCGUUUGUGGAGGUGUACGUGCGCGCGCGCGGCAGUGACGACCACGUCGGCCGCGUCUGGUUCGACCUCGCCGAGGUGCCUCAUCGCGCGCCGCCGGACAGCACGCUCGCCCCGCAGUGGUACAACAUGGAGGACCGCAAGGGCCAGCGUGGCGGCGCUGAGGUUAUGGUCGCCGUCUGGUUCGGCACCCAGGCUGACGAGGCCUUUGCGGAGGCCUGGCACUCCAAGGCCGCCGGCGUCCAUGGCAAUGGGCCACUGGGCUCCAUCAAGUCCAAGGUGUACGUCGCGCCCAAGCUCUGGUACCUUCGUAUCUCCAUCAUUGAAGCGCAGGACUUGUUCCCGGCGGAUAAGGGGCCAUUGGCGAUUGGUCGAUUCCCGGAGCUCUUCGUGCGUGCGCAGGUGGGGAACCAGAUUAUGCGCACACGGCCGGCACCCAUGGUGUCGACACGGGGACCAUCCAGCCCCUUCUGGAAUGAAGACCUGAUGUUUGUGGUGGCAGAGCCAUUUGAGGAGUUCUUGGUGCUGUCUGUUGAAGACCGAGUUUCACCAGGCCGUGAUGAAUUGCUUGGUCGCCUUGUUGUGCCAGUAUCCACCAUUGAGAGGCGGUGGGAUUGGAAACCAGUGGUUUCCAGGUGGUUUGGGCUGGACCGUGGCACUGGUGGUGGCAAUGUUUCUGGUAGUAAUGUGCACAGGUUCGGGAGCCGCCGCAUGCAUCUCAGGCUAAGUCUUGAUGGAGGCUACCAUGUUCUGGAUGAGGCUACAGCUUACAGCAGCGAUCUCCAGCCUACAGCAAAACAGCUAUGGAAACCACAUGUUGGUGUGCUUGAGCUUGGUGUUCUUGGUGCUACUGGCCUAAUUCCAAUGAAGACCCGGGAUGGCAGGGGUGCGACUGCAGAUGCAUAUUGUGUUGCAAAGUAUGCCCAGAAGUGGAUCCGCACACGCACUGUUGUUGACUCUUUGUGCCCUCGGUGGAACGAGCAGUACACAUGGGAGGUGUUUGACCCCUGCACUGUCAUCACUGUUGGUGUGUUUGACAACUGCCAUGUCGACAAGCCUGCAUCAGGGAAUACUAUGGUGGCUGUCCGUGAUAAUUGCAUUGGUAAAGUUCGCAUUCGGCUUUCGACAUUGGAGACUGAUAGGGUGUAUACCCAUGCCUACCCUCUGCUUAUGCUGCAUCCAUCCGGGAUCAAGAAGAUGGGGGAGCUUCACCUAGCUGUGCGUUUCUGCUGUGGCAAUGUUGGCAACAUGUUCCAUGCCUAUGUGCGCCCAUUGCUUCCAAAGAUGCACUAUGCUGAGCCACUGCUUGUGCGCCAGGUUGAGACUCUUCGGUUCCAGGCUACCAACGUGGUAGCGGCCCGCCUUGGCCGUGCUGAACCACCGCUUGGCAAGGAGGUUGUUGAGUACAUGCUUGACCACCGAUCGCAUCUGUGGAGCAUGCGCCGCAGCAAAGCAAACUUCUUCCGUCUUGUCAAUGUGCUCUCUGGUCCUAUUACCAUAGGCAAGUGGUUUGAGCUUGUCUGCUCUUGGCAGCGCCCGGUGCAUUCUUGCCUUGCUGUGUUCACAUUCCUGGUAUUUGUCACAAUGCCAGAGCUGAUUCUUCCAACAGCCUUUCUGGCCAUGGCAUUCACUGGCCUCUGGAGGUACCGAGUCCGUCCAAGGAACCCGCCUCACAUGGAGAUGAGGCUGUCUCAUGCAGACGGAGCUACUGCAGAUGAGCUUGAUGAGGAGUUUGACACGUUCCCUUCGAGCCGUGGAGAUGUCGUGCGCUUCAGGUAUGACCGCCUCCGCAGUGUGGCUGGGAGGGUGCAGACGGUGGUUGGUGAUAUUGCAACACAGGGUGAGAGGAUGCAGGGCCUGCUCAGCUGGCGUGACCCGAGGGCGACACUUCUUUUCUCCAUUGCAUGUGUCCUUGCUGCUGUGAUUGCUUAUUGUGUGCCUAUGAAGGUGAUGAUUGGGCUCUGGGGCUUGUACGCCAUGCGGCCGCCAAGAUUCAGAAGCAGGAUGCCAUCUCCACUGAUGAACUUCUUCCGAAGGCUUCCUUCAAGGGCUGACAUCCUGCUCUGAUCCUUAUGAUUUCUAUUGAUGACUGGCUGCGGGGAUGAGCAGCUGGCCUUCUGAUUUGACUUGGUGAUUUUGGCGGGAAGUUGGAGCUUCAGAGGAAUCAAAGGAAGAAGCAAACUAGUCUGCUGUUGGUGCCUAAUGGUGGUUGCUUAGUUUAAUGGUGUUAGCAUGUUAGGUAAUGUAGUAAUGUUGCUUUGUGGUGCGCCGGUGGUAUUUGUAGACUUGCCGUAGUAGCAGCUGCAGUGUUGCUGUUUGUACUUCAGUUGUGCAAACUGCAAAGACUUGCUGAGUAGAUGGUAAUGUUUGUGGUAUUGAUGAACUGAUGAGACUAUGAGGUCUAGUUUAUUGGAAGGAUGCUAUCUUUAUGCCCUGUGCUCAGGCUUUGCUGGACGCAUUGUGGCUCUUCAAAAUGUUCAGCGUGUUCUCUUUAAGACUUUUGUAGUACAAUUCUGUUGUUAAAAGAUGUCCUAUCUGCAGUUCAGUUUCU